CUCUCUCUGCCUCUCUCUCUCUCGCUGCCUGUGCUUUGGUAACCUAACAGGGAGGUGUUAACUACUUUUGCUUCCCCAAAGCGCCUCCCGUUAUCUCCGGCGCUCUUGCGCAAGAGCCAGAGGGGCCACUGCUACUGAUAUUCCCACUCCGCUGACAAAAAAAAACUUUUCGGUUUGUUGUGAGGAUAAAAACAAAUCGGAAGCCGAGGAGUCGUCUGCAGAAAGAAGGGGAUUGUGCCGCGACGAGUUUGGUGACCACACGAUGAUGAGGAACCAGAUGUGAGGACUGACGGAUCGCCACCUUCUCCGGACCCUCCGACUCCCAGAACACCUCCAACAAACUCUCCAACAGGGAGGCAUCUAGUGCUGACUGUUUAGGAGGAAGAACUUCUAUCUGUAUAUAUCAGAGCAGAACUGACCAAGACUGAAGUGAGCAGGACUGAACAGAACGAACUGCAGUGAGGUGGAAUGGAAUGAGCUGGACUGAGCUCAGAUGAACUGACAUUAGCUGAAGUGAAAUGAAAUGAACUGACCUGAACCAAGCUAAAGUGAACAAAUCUGAAUUGAAGUGAACUGACCAUCCCUACAGCCUCUUUGUCCAGUACUCAGGGCUCUUUUUAGAGCCCCUUCCCCUGAAGAGCUUACUUCUUCGCUUAACUCUCCAAACCAAAUUUACUUGCUUCGUCUGACCCUCUCCAAGGGUCUUGAACAUUGCCUCCCAUCUCACCGAGGAGGAAGCUUCUCCUCCUCCUCCUAAAAUCUUCACCACCUCUUUCUUCCAUCCAGACAUGGACCUCCACCGGGCAGCCUUCAAGAUGGAGAGCUCCUCCUACCUGCCCAACCCCUUGGCCUCCCCAGCCCUCAUGGUUCUGGCCUCCACUGCUGAAGCCUCUCGUGAUGCUUCCAUUCCCUGCCAGCAGCCGCGCCCAUUCGGUGUUCCAGUUUCCGUUGAGAAAGACGUCCAUUUGCCAUUUAACAAUGGUUCAUACACUUUUGCAUCGAUGUACCACCGCCAAGGUGCUGUUCCGCCUGGAUUCCCCAACAGGGACUUUCCCCCAUCUCUCCUUCAUCUCCAUCACCAGUUUGCUCCACCUAACCUGGACUGCUCACCAAUCAGCAUGCUGAAUCACAGCGGUGUUGGCGCCUUCAGGCCCUUUGCCUCACCUCCAGAAGAUCGGGAUGGGGCACCAGGGGGGUAUCAGUCCGCUUUCACCCCAGCCAAGCGCCUCAAAGGCUGCCUGGAUGCAGAGGCUUCGCCCCACCUGCGGUACUCUGAUGCCGAGGGGAAAGAGUAUGACUUCGGUGGCGCCCAGAUCCCUCCCGGUGGCUCGCCCAGUGGAGCCUUGAAGGCAGUGGAGGACGCUGGGAAAAAGAUCUUUGCUGUAUCAGGCCUCUUAUCUGACCGAGAGACCUCAUCCAGCCCUGAAGACCGCAUUGAGCGCUGUAAGAAGAAGAUGUCUCUGUAUGACAGCCAGGCUCCAAUCUGUCCCAUCUGCCAGGUACUGCUCAGGCCCGGAGAGCUGCAGGAACACAUGGAGACGGAGAUAGAGAGGCUAGCCACCAUGUGUCUCAGUAAGAACCCGUCACCCAAGGAUGGUGUAGCCACUCCGGGAACCCCCAAGUCGUUGCUGUUGUCGGUGCACAUCAAGCGUGAGGGAGAGUCUCCUGUGGUCUCGCCACUGUCCUCCGAAGAUGCCCACCACUCCGACAGAUACCAGACAUUUUUACGAGUGCGGGCAAACAGGCAAACAAGAUUGAAUGCCCGUAUAGGCAAGAUGAAGAGGAGGAAGCCUGAGGAGGGGGGCCAGGUAUGUCCGCUGUGCAGCGCCCCAUUGGCUGGGAGCGAGGAGGAGAUGAGUAGACAUGUGGAACAAUGCCUGCUCCAGCGCGAGGGUGCGUUCGGCGACGACGAUAAUGCAGACAUGGACGGGGAGAAUGGGCGAGGCUUCGAGGAGUACGAGUGGGCAGGGCAGAAGAGGAUCAGAGCCACCGCUCUGCUGGAGGGAGGCUUCAGAGGAACAGGCUUUGCCAUGUGCAGCGCCAAGGAGAGCGCGGCGGACAGUGACGCCGAUUUGGACGUGGACGGAGACGACACCCUGGAGUACGGCAAGGCCCAGUACACCGAGGCUGACAUCAUCCCCUGUUCCGGGGCAGGAGAGGACCAAGGGGAGGCCAGGGAGAGGGAGGCACUACGGGGAGCCGUGCUCAAUGGCGGGAUGCCUUCCAACAGAAUAACGCCCGAGUUCUCCAAAUGGGCCAAUGACGAGAUGCCUUCAACGAGCAAUGGAGAGUGCAGCAAGACGGACCCCAACACUCCUUCCUCCUCCUCCUCCUCUUGCUCUUCCUCCUCUGCCCCACGCACCUGUAAAAACAGCGAGAUCGAAAAGGUAACGGAGGACUCAACGGCCACCACCCUGGAGGCUCUGAAGGCUCGAAUCAGGGAGCUGGAGAAGCAGAUACUGAGAGGAGACCGAUACAAGUGUCUCAUCUGCAUGGACUCCUAUACGAUGCCACUCACCUCUAUCCAGUGCUGGCACGUCCAUUGUGAAGAAUGCUGGCUCAGGACUCUGGGAAACAAGAAGCUGUGCCCGCAGUGCAACACCAUCACCUCACCUGGAGACCUGAGGCGCGUCUACUUGUGAAGAACAACCCCCCGGCCCUUCGUCCUUCCAGUCCAUUCCUCCCUCCACCUUGGAUUUUCUUCUCCCGCUCUGUCAAAUGACAUUAACGUUUUCUUUUCCCGCGGCCUGCGUUGGCAGCUCAAAACCUCCGAGAGCAAACAGAGACAAGACGGCUGUCUGUAAGACUCCGCUGGCUCUUCCUGGAGGUAGAAACUGGCUUGACUGGCCAAACAGCUGAUCCACUGACUGACUGACUGAAUGGCCAGCCAAAACAGAAGAAAAUAAUAAAGACGGACCCGCGGUCCCACUGGUCAGCUCGAAUGGCUCCAACAGGCUCGCUGCUCUCUGCUCCAGCUGCCCCACUGGCAUGACUCCCUCUGCAAAGUAGUGUGUGGUUUGGAAGACAACACUGGGCCAAAGCAGACUUCCAGAGACUAAAAGGACUUGGUCGGUGUGCGUUAACAGAGAUGUUGCUCAGUAACCGCUCAGUCAAGCCCUGCCACAGCCUACAGAUGGAUGUCUCACCUCCACGCACAUUACCCUGUAGUUUCACCCUGCAGAAGCUAGUCCCAGAGAGAACUUACUGAGAAAAUACUGAAAACCUUUUGCCCCCCCUCUUGCUCUUAAACAUUUCAGUGGUGCUGGACAACAGGCUCUUCCCUGAUGACUUGACAGAUAGUUUGUUUUUGUUAUUUUUUCCCCCCUUUUCCAGGUGGAGAGUGAGUUCUCCGUCUUAAUGCCUCUGACGCUCAAGAUGAACAGUGAAAGAGGGGGAGAAUUUUACAAAAAAAAGGCCCUGUCCACUCAAAACUGAGCUUUCAACCAAACUGAGAAUAACCUCACAACCUUGUAAAGGAGUUUGAUACUCCUCCUCUUCUCAUUGAAUCUUCCCAUCCACCCCAUCCUUCCUUCCCUCCUUCCUUCCUCCCUUCCUUGCUUCCUUCUUUUGUGGUGUUCUAGUGAAGUCAACCAAAAUGUUUCCCCAAGAUGCAGUUCAAGCACAUGUAAUAUAGUCUAUGUAUGUUUACAAUGUUGGGUGUAAAUGACAUAGAGUUCACGCACACGUGUACACACAUACGCAAAGACAUAACACACAGCCGCACACACCUACAUCAGCAGACACACACACACACAGAAGUAUAUGACAUCAAAGUCCGGGUUUUAGUUUUGGGAAGGGGAAGGGAAUGAUGUUCGGGGGACAAAAAUGGCAAGAAUUAAAAAAAGCCUUCUGUAUUUUUAAAAAAAAAUUGUUGAUGUCUCAAGGUUGAAGUUGUAUUUCACUGUACAGGAAUUAAAAAAAUUUAUGUAAUAACUACUCAAAACUAGACGGUCAAGGUUUAGAUGGUGUAAAUUUUUUUCCAUGCAACUACAGUGUACCCUAAAGCUGUAGAUUUGAACAUUAAGUGAGGAGAGGUCUUUCUUUUUUAUCAAAUUGAAAGAUUGUUAUUGCCCUAGAUUUAAAACGAGCACUGAACGAUGGAAUUGCUCUUUAGUUGCAAUGAUGUCCAACUGAGCCUCUUGUUUUUGUUUUUGUUUUGAUCUCAUCUGGAGUAAUGUUAACCUCCAUUUAUGCUUCUGUCAGUUGGAAUAACAUGCUUGGAUCAUACUCUAGAAAACACUUUUUUUUUUUUUUUUUUUUGUUUCACCCCCAAAAGAAAAAUUCUUCCAUUGUUCUCAUACUGCUAUGCUGCAACAAAAUCCCAAACUGGCAACCCUGAAGGGCAGGUUCUUUCUAGCUAUAAUGGACGAGGGAAGGCUCUGGAAGGGUGGAUGGCCAAAGCUUGAACUGGCAACUUCCAGGCCCGCGUUUCCCCUCUCCUCUUAAGGCAGCAGCAGCCAAGGUGGUGGUGUGCUUUGUGUUUGUAAAACUAUGUAUUCUGUGAUGUCUGUAUUGUUGUAAGAAAUGACGAAAAAAAAAAAGAAAAAAUAAAACUUCUCAAAUACCACGAGUGGUCCUGUUCACAAAACCUGGAUGGAAAAAUAUGACAUUGUAAAGAAAAAAAAUGUUCCUGUGUUCACUGAAAAAAGGUGGGGAAGAUGGCCUUAAUGCAAAAGACACACUUUCUUUUCAUGUGCGUUUUUUAAUAGACCCUCUGUCAUCUCAGUGUCCGUAGUGUUCUCUCUCUCUCAAGUAACGACAAUAAUUUCCAUCCACUGUGACAUAGAAAAAAAGCCCCCUGUUUAAACGAUCAUCUUUUGUUUUUGAGGCGUUCUGAGAUCCUUCAGCUUAACAAGGUCUCGAUUCGGAGCAGGUUAGGGAUGAGUUCAUCUGCAGUGAAAUGAUGUUUUUUGGUUUUUUUUUCUAGCUUCAUUCCCUUUGGUUUUAGCGCACGCUCUCACAUCCUGGUAGGCUAAAGACUCAACAGGCUAAACAGGAUGCAACGCUACACUGUUCUAUGUUCACUCGAGAAUACUCUCUUCAGCUCUGUCACGCCUUUGCGUUGUGAUCCCUCCAACCCAAACGCGUUUAUUUGAACCUGCCCCAAAGAUGACAAACUGCACAAGAGGAUUGUGUCAAAACUAAUUUGUGUCUUGUAUAUUCUUGGAAAUGGUACAUGUCUUUCCCGUUUGUAAACUACAUUUGACAUUAAUUAAAUGAUUGUAAAUCUCAA